CACAUAUACAUAUUGUUUUUCUUUGUCCCCAUUCUUCUUCCACCACCUACCAUUGUUCGCUGUGGAUUAUUCUCUUUUGUCAGCAGAUUCGUCCUUUGUCCUUUUGCUGUGUCCUUGCCGACACAUCCUUCCGUUUUGUUGUCCUGUGGUUGUUUGUUGACGUGGUCUGUCCUUCGGACUUUUAUCAAUGGCAGCCGGUGGUGGUAGUAGCACAAACAGGUUUUACUCGGUGUCAAACCCAACCUGGAAGACAAGUUUAGUGAAACUAUUGAACGGAUUUUGGAAAAUCAUCGUAGAGAAAACGAGGAAAUUAAUAAAAAACUGAAAGAAUUACGUACCCACCCUCCGGAGGAUAUAGAAAAGCCUGAACUACCCUAUACAAGUGACAGUGAAGAAUUUGAGGAAUUUGUGAAAGAGUCUACUAUUAGAAAUAAGAAUCUGAUCAAGGACUUGGAGCUGUCUUCAGCCAGACUACGCACUAGUGCUAUAUACUCGCCAACCGAGCAUCUACUAGAAAGGGCCAAAACAAAAUAUAUUCAAUAUUUGAACAGCAAGGGCUGUGGAAUGGACAGGCAAUGAUUACAUCAGCUAAGUUACUGAGAUCCAACGAAACAGGUCCACCUCUCGAUUACUCGUUCAAAAGUUUGUCAUCCAUAGAAGAGCUGAAAAUGCAGCGACCCAGACGUGGAGUGAAGAGAUACCGCAAAGCAUCGACUGGCAGAUAUAAUUGCACCGCCCUCAGACUAAAUAACAAUCAACUGGUCUCUGUACAUGGAAUACAUGCUGUCGCUUAUCAGUUACUAGAGCACCCAGAGACGCUGACUUGGCUGGAUCUUUCCUUCAAUAGAAUAACUGUAGUACCACCGGAGAUAACCUCUUUCAAUGCUCUCAAAAUCUUAUAUCUACAUGGAAAUCAGUUAUCGGAUUUGAACUCAACUCUGAGGCCAUUGAAGUGUCUUGAAGAGCUCUACAGCCUAACCCUACAUGGAAACCCUUUAGAGGAACGUAAGGGUUACAGGGCAAGGGUUCUGGUGAAUCUAGCACAACUGAAAUCCCUGGACUUCAACAAUGUGACGUCAGCUGAUAGAAAACGCGUCAUCGCGCGUCAAGAAGCUGCGUCAGCAAAAUCAACUGGACGCUGUCGGUUAUCGGCGUUUGUCUGACCGCCGUUCCGAUAAGAAACGUGUGUAGUCUUAUGGGAGCUUUCACAUUGAGCUGGUUUUUGAAACGUGUGUAGUCUUAUGGGAGCUUUCACAUUGAGCUGUUUUUUGAAACGUGUGUAGUCUUAUGGAAGUGUUCACAUUGAGCGGAUUUUUGAAACGUGUGUAGUCUUAUGGUAGCGUUCACAUUGAGCAGGUUUUUGAAACGUGUGUAGUCUUAUAGAAGCGUUAACAUUGUGAGGGUUUUUGGAAAGUGUGUGGUCUUGAGGAAGUGUUCACAUUGAGCGGGGUUUUGAAACGUGUUCUCAUGGGAGCGUUCAGAUAGAACGGGUUUAGGACCUUUCACAUGGAGCAAGUUUUUAAAACGUGUAUAGUCUGAUGGGAGCUUUCAUAUGGAGCUGGUUUUUGAAACGUGUGUGGUAUUAUGGGAGCGUUCACAUGGAAAGGUAUU